AUGGCCGCCUCACCUGAAUCUGGAAAGCUUGAUCAUCCAUACCCCUAUCUUGAUACGGAACAGAGGGAUUCCUACUUCAACAGCGGCUUCUUCGUAUAUUCACCUAGUACUCAACUCUUUGGGCACUACAUGUCCCUUUUAAACGAAUCGGAGACUUGGUACCAUGGCUUCCCCGACCAGGAUUUAUUGAAUUAUGCGCAUCGUUCGGACGGGCCGAUGCCCUGGCAGAAGUUACAUUUCUCCUGGCAUCUGAACUGGCCAAACGACAAUGACUUGAAUGGUGGGAUGGCGGCUUUACAUGCUAAAUGGUGGAAAGGAGAUUUUGUGUCUCCUUCGGUCAAGGAGUACGCACUGUCCAGAAGAUGGGAGAUGGAGGGAUACUGGAUGGUGCACGGAAACGCUGAAUCGUCCGACGACGAAGAGCUUGACAAACCUCUGCCUGAAGCAUCAGGAAGCUUGCUCAAGACCUCAGGAUUUUCUGACCGGCAAAACAUUGCUGAGCGACUGCCAAAUGAAGGUCGUCUUCAAAAGGAAUCUUCAGCAAUUGAGGAAGUCAGCGAUCAGAGAGAUAAACUUGAGAGAGUUAAUAUUGACCCUAAAUUCGAUCGCGGCACACAGAAGGAGUCGCCGGGAGAAAUGCUUCUAGCUUUGAAAAGAAAGCUCAAUCUUCUAGAGCGGGAGCGCGGAAGCUAUAACGACGAGGAAGCUAGUAUCACGGAUACGGAAGAAGCGACUACCAUACGGGGAUCGGUAAAUUUUGAGGGCGACCAUGAAUCAGAACACCUUCCUGUAGUACCGGCAACUUCGAACAUAUCGGAUAGCACAAACGUCGCUGACGCCAUAGCCCUCGCCACACUUAGCGAAGUAUCGCUACCAUUAAGAAAGCGACGGAAGACAGACCAGGAUCAACAGAGCCGAGAGUGA